UCUCCAGCUGCUGGGCUCUUUGUCUGCUGGAAGAUGAGGCUGGUCUCUUGGAGAGCUGUUUUUGCAGCUGGCCUCUUCUGGGCUCUGAUCAGCGGGACCCUAGGGAUGGAUUUAAGCACACGAGAAAGUUUGCUUUUGAAAUCCCUGGGCCUGAGCGCCAAGCCCAGCCCCAGGUCGCCCGCUCCUGUGCCCUCCGUGCUCUGGCGGAUCUUCCAGAAGAGAGAAAUCCCUUCCCCUUGGAGCCCAGGCCAGGAGGAUGCCUGCCGGGUGGAGGAGUUCAACGUCCCCGGGAACAUCGUACGCGUCUUCAGCGACCAAGGCCACUUCCUUCACAGUGGGGGGCCGCGGACCCUGCUGUGCCUGGAGAAGCAUCUGUACUUCACCCUCUCCGUGCUGGAGGAUGGGGAACAGCUCACGAUGGCGCAGCUCCAGCUCCAGUUCGGCCACAACUCGUACCGGGCCCCCGGUCCCGGGCAGGUGUUCGAGCUGAGGCUGUACCGCGCCCCGCCGCCCUCCUUGCGGGAGCUGCCUUCCCCGGCGGCCCGCCGCAGGCUCCUGCUGGCACAGUCCUUUGCGCAGCUGCACAAGUUGCUCCUCUUCAACCUGACCCAGGUGGGCAGGGACUGGAGAACCCCGAGCAGGAACCUGGGCUUGGUCCUGGAGAUCUCCGUGAGCAGCGGGACUGGGUCCUCGGCCUUGCUGGGCAGGCCCCCGGGGAACUUCUGUGCCGGCGCCGACUCCUUCCUCGACGCCUCCCUGCUGGUCGUGUCCCUCCAGCCGGGGCAGUGCAAGGCCUCCAGGAAGAAGAGGAGCUCCUACUACGCCCCCGUGAUGCCGAGCAGCCUCUGCAAGCCCCGGCGGCUUUACAUCAGCUUCAGCGACGUGGGCUGGGAGAACUGGAUCAUCGCGCCGCAGGGCUACAUGGCCAACUACUGCCUGGGGGAGUGCCCCUUCCCCCUGACCACCGAGCUGAACAGCACCAACCACGCCAUCCUGCAAACCAUGGUGCACUCGCUGGACCCCGAGGGCACCCCCCAGCCCUGCUGCGUCCCCGUCCGCCUCUCCCCCAUCUCCGUCCUCUUCUACGACAACCACGACAACGUGGUGCUGCGGCACUACGAAGACAUGGUGGUGGACGAGUGCGGCUGCAGAUAAGGACGGGUGAUGGAUGGCUCGGGGCGGGGGUUGUGAUGGAACCGGAUCUCCUGGCAGUAGACUGGGGUCUCCCCUUGGUGCAGCUCGUGUCGAGAGCUCCCCCUGCCCCUUUCCCGAUACCUGGGUGCAAGAUGCAUCCUCACAGGGGAGAUCUCAACCGCUGGCACCAAGGUGCACAAGCUGGCAUGAAUGGUGCAGGAUUUUCCCCCAGAUGCCGACCCGCGGGGUGAACUCUGCUGCCUCCCAGUAUAAAGAACUGCACAGGCUGAUGUUUGAGCGGGAGCUCGUUUUGCUGCUCAUGCCUGACGGCAGAUACCACCCCGUCGCCUCCUGCGCUAGUCGGAGGUCCAGGCAGCGUGCGUGAGCGUGGGAAGGGGAGGACUGUUCUGGUGCUGUGAGGACAGGAUUUUGCAGCAAGGUUGAUGCUAUAAAGAAUACUGCCCCAAGCUCCUUGCUGGUAGAAACCAGUCUUUGGCAAUGCUGCAGCGAGCCUAUAUGGACUUUGGUGACCUGGCUAAUGUCGGGCCUCAGUUACCCACACCCCUUUCCUUUCUGCUGAAUGGGCUGUAGUCUACUCCCUGGCUUCAAGUGUUACUAGUGCCCUGUCUUAAGCCUAGGCUGGCUGGCCGGCCCUGGAGCGGACAGCAAAGAAGAGCAAUAGGCUGCACACAGACUAGUCCUUCCUCUGGCGUGUUUUCCUCUUGCUCUUUUGCUGUUAAGACUCCCAGUCCGUGCCCUCCUGAGCACUCUGCUGCCGCCUGUUCCCAGCCCCUGCACGCUGCAUGAGCAAUACCCUUGUUUCGGGAGGGAGGGAGGGAGGGGGGUGGGAACGGGUUAUGCACAGUCUGUUCCCAGUGGGGAGCAGAGAAUCUGGUUCAUACAGAAACUAAUUUAAUGCCAUCUGGGUGGCUCGAUUCCCCACUGACACACCAAGGACUCAGCGAGGUGCAGGAGCAGGACCUGGCCAACUUGCAGUUGUGCGGACUAGUCUUGGCUGGCGCUAGAGCCUUGUCUUUCACAUGCAGCGUUAAAGCAACAGGGACAUGUGAUCUGGUCCCAGUGUCCGGGGGGCUGGCAGGCCACAGUUGUGUUCAAGGCACUGGGAGCAGUGACUGACUGCUGUGAACUACGUAGCACAGCGUGUGUGGGUAGCUGCAAAAUCUCCGCCGGCCUGUGCUGAGCCUGAAUCCAGCCCAGCGGAGGCUGCUGAAGUCCCUCAACGGGUCUCUGGGCUCUUCUAUUAGAAGAGUCUCAAGCCAGCAUUGCUCUCUACAUUAACAGCAUGGUGUUGCCACCACCUUCCUACUUUAAUUCACAGCAAAUGUGCCGGAUGCUAAGUGAAGUCUUUCUUGUAAUCUGCUUGAAGCCUGGGCAAAGCUACCAAGUCAUCCCUGUCUUUAGUCAGGCCGGAGGGUCUGUGUGCAUUAUGCAAGCGGACGUGCUUUCCAUCAGGAACCCAGCGCACCUCCUGUGGCUUCGGGGGAGCAGCCAGCAGAACAACUCCCCCAUGCACUGAAUCAUCUCUCUGACUUCAUCUGAUCACAACCUGCUUCUCCACCCUUGGUCUGUUGCAAGCAGCAGAAUCAGACCGGAGCCGCUGCUGCUGCUCCCGAGGUCACAGGACGGUACGGAGACACCUGCGUGUAGAGGGUGCCUGGCGGGGGCUCUAGUUGGAGCAGGGCAGUUGCAUUGGCCGCAGUCUCUCUCUGGUGGGGGGGGAGAGAAGGAACAAGGGAUCUGAAUUAAACUUGAAACUUUUUUCUUUUAAAUGCAAGUCAGACAAACUAGUGCAGGCUGUUUUUGUACUUAUUGCAUCUUAAUGUUUGGACUUUCGAGUGUUAACAGGAUGGGUCUUUUUCCCUGUGGGGGAGCUAAAGGUUUAACCACUUUUCUUCUAAGUUAUUUUAAUUAGUUUUCAGGGAAGUCAAU